AUGCGGUUUUCCAAGGGUGCCUUGUUGGUGCCUCUUCUCGCACAUCUGUCUCUCGCCAAACCGGCCCCAGGCAAAUCGACAACAGGCUGCAAUGGCACUGACACCUUUGACUACAUAGUCGUUGGCUCCGGGCCUGGCGGCGGUCCCCUGGCCGUAAACCUUGCUCAUGCGGGGUACUCUGUGCUUCUCCUGGAGGCUGGCCAGAACCAUACCGAGAAGGAGAGCCAGCAGAUUCCGGCCUUCUUUGGCGAAGCACAGUUUGACGCAGAGCAGGGUUGGUGGUUCUACGUCAAACACUUCGACGAUGAGGCCGAGUCUGCAAAGGACAGCAAACUCGUAUGGACCCAGCCAAACGGCGAGCCGUGGGUCGGCUCCAAUCCCCCGGAAGGCUCGAAGCAGCUCGGCUUCUGGUACCCGCGUGCCGGGACACUGGGUGGAUGCGACACGCACAACGGCGGCGUCACUGUGUAUCCGUCUGAGUGGGACUGGGACAACAUCGCCAAUGUGACGGGGGAUAAGACUUGGGGUCACGAGCACAUGCGAUCAUACUUCGAGAAGCUCGAAAGGAACACAUUCCUUCCAAAAGGGACGCCCGGUCACGGCUUUUCCGGAUACCAACCCGUCGGCGUCGGCGACGGCGCCAUCUUCGCAAAGGACCAGCAAAUACUUGCCGUUGCUCAGGGCUCUGCGGCAGCGCUCGGCUUCAAGAAAAGAAGCGAGAGCCACGACUGGGACGUCAUCCUCAAAAAGGACUCCAACGGGGAGAUCCCAGACCGGGAUCUGCAAAACGACGCGUACCAGCUUUCUUUCAAGAGAGAUGAGAAAAUGAAGCGAUUCAGCGCAGCGAACCGCGUCAAUGAAGGCAUAGCCAUGGGUCUGCCCCUCACCGUCCGGUUUGAUAGUCUCGUCACGCGGGUUCUGAUCGAUGGAGACCGCAAGGCAUCAGGGGUCGAGUUCCUCGAAGGCAACAUGCUGUACAAGGCCGACCCGCGCGUGCAGAAGAACGGCACCAAAAAUGCCGGCAAGCGGCGAACUGUCAAAGCCAGGCGCGAGGUGAUCAUCGCCGGUGGCACGUUCAACACGCCACAGAUCCUGAUGUUGAGUGGCAUUGGCCCAGCUGAGCACCUCAAGCAAUUCAACAUCCCCGUCGUGGCGGAUCUGCCUGGAGUGGGCGGCAAUCUCCAGGACCACUACGAAGUUCCCGUCAUCCAGGAAUUCCCCAACAACUUCACGCUAUUUGACGGCUGCAUCGUGGACAAGGACAAGGUCUCCCCGUGCUACGAGCAGUGGCGCGACAACGGCACUGGGCCAUGGACGACGCUUGGCUUCCCGCAGAUCCUGCUGUAUACGACGAGCGUCGCACCCCGAGGCGAGCGGGACAUCAUCAUGUACAGCUUUCCGGAUGCCAUCCGUGGACACCUUCCGCCGUACACGGACUGGCCCAAGUUCAAGGAGGGUGCGAACAAGUACACCUUCACUGUCGCCGAGUCGCACUCGCGGAACCGCGCGGGCACUGUGCGGCUGACGUCUUCUGAUCCCCGAGACAUGCCUGAGAUCGACUUCAAGUACUUUACCGACGGGGCCGACGACGACAUCCAGGGCCUAGUCGACGGCGUCAACUUUGCUCGCAAGAUCUUUGACUCGGUGCCCGGGGUGAACGGGACGGGGUCGAAGGAGUGGUUCCCGGGGCGAAACGUGAGCUCCGUGGAGGAUCUCCGCGAGUUCGUCAAGUACGAGGCGUACGGACACCACCCGACCGGAACGGCGGCGAUAGGAGGGGAGGGCGACGCGCUGGCCGUGCUGGACUCGCGGUUCCGAGUCCGGGGCGUCAAGGGCCUCCGCGUUGUGGACGCGUCCGUGUUCCCCGAGGUGCCGGGAACGUUUCCCCUGAUUGCAAUCUUCAUGGUAAGCGAGAAGGCGAGCGACGUGAUUCUGCAGGACGCCAAGAAGGAGGGUGGCAACUGA